AUGAAUGAGUUGGAGAAGUUAUUAAGUAAAGCUACAAACCCGAUAUCAGACCAGUAUGACUCUGACACCGUGAAUGAAAUUGCAAAGCUGAUUGAUACUCAACCUAAUGGUCCAAUCUUUACUCUUCGACUUCUUGCCCAUAAAAUUAAGUCUCCACAUGAAAAAGAAGCUCUUAGUUCUUUAAUGCUGUUAGAGUUUUUAUCCAAGCGUUGUGGUCCAACAUUUAUAUCCGAACUCGGAAAGUUCAAGUUUCUCAACGAACUAAUCAAAGUUCUCUCGCCCAAGUAUCUUGGUGACCAGACAUCUUCAUGUGUAAAAAACAAAUGUGCUCAGUUGCUUCAUAAUUGGCAGCGUGAUUUCUCACCAAAUGAACCGAAGUUUGCUGAGGCAUACAACAUGCUUGUUCGAGAAGGUAUUAUAACUGCGAGUCAGAUAGUUUCUACUGACUCCGUUUCAGAGAUUUGUCGCUCAGGCUCUUCAGCCGCUGAAAAUAGGCAAAAUAUUUUUGAACGUAACAAAAAAUCAGAGCGUUUAACCCAAUUACUUCGUAGUCGUAAUCCAGCUGAUCUACGUGAAGCGAAUGCGCUUAUCAAGAGUAUAGUUGAAGAAGAUCAAGUACGUAUGGAAAAAGCGAGCCAGAGAACUAGUGAAAUGGAAGCUUUAAGGAACAAUACAAUAUUAUUAGAAGAAAUGAUUGGGACAUAUUUAUUAGGUGAAAGUACUGAGGCUGAAUUAGAAUUGAUGAGUGAAUUGACACAGAAUAUACGUAGAGCACGUCCAUUAUUAUAUAGUUUCUCUUUAACACAUGAAGAACAAGAUAUUGAAACAUUGACUGAAAUUGGUCAAAUAUGUGACAAAGCUAGUGAAGUUUUAGCCAAUUAUGAACAAAAAAUAGCCAAACAAAAGUCAUUAUCUUCAUCAAAAUCAUCAUCUAUAACUAAGGAUAAUUCUUCUUCUCAAUUGUCAUCAUCUAAUCAUAUUACUGAUCUUUUAACACAAGAUUUAAUGAAUUUAGGCUUAUGUGAUGAUUCAAUCACACCUAUCCCAUCGUCUAAUGCUAAUCUAUACUCUCCAGAUGUUUUAUUAUUGAAUACUUCAAAUUCAUUUCUUGUUAAUCAUCUUCAUAAUUCGUCAUGUAAUCAAGUAUCGCGUCCAAUUGAACCAAAAUAUUCAUUAAACAGUAGUAAUAAUAAUAGUAACAAUUUUAUUGGUAACAAUCCUGGUAUUAGGAAAAAAUCAAACUAUGAUGACUUACAGGAUAUUUUUUCCACAAAUGCUACUACUACUACUACGACUUCUGGGUCAACAGUACUCUCUACUUCGUCAACGCUUUACCCAUCAAUAUUCAGUUCUGUAGACUCCAAAACUUCGAAACAAUCCUUGUCUCCUGAACAUGGAUCUUCUGUAAAUUCCAAUCCCAACGUCUUCAGUGAACUAGAUUGUUUGAGUCGUCAAAUGCUUAACUUAUCAAAAACAAAUGCUUUGACAGAUACAAAUCUAUCAAUAUUACUAGCAAAUAAUUCUCCAAGUAAAAUAAAACCCGAUGGUGAUGAUGAUGAUAACACAUCCCUAUGUAAUAAUGACGUAGUUGUAAGCAUGAAUAACACUUCCACCAGUAAUAAUCACAAAGUGGAAGAAGUAACACCAUCAGAAGUUACAACACAAAGUGUAAUUGAUCUUAAAUCAUUUGAUAUUCAACUUUCUUCUGUUCAACCUCAUUCAAUACAUAAAACACCAUUGACACUUUAUCCAACUGAUAUAUCACAAGAGAAUGACAGUAAUGAUAAUACUUAUAACAUACAAUUAACACUACAUUAUGCUAAUAAUAAACCACAUCCUGAAGUGAUGGUUUUUGUUGCUGUUAUAUCUAGUCGAAAUGUUUUACCCAUUACUGAAAUCAAUGUUAGAUUUGGUGUUGAAAAGCCUUUUAAAAUACGACAACUUAUUGCAUCUGGACAAAAUCUCCCAUCUUAUACAACAUUUCUACCACCUGCAUCAAUUAGUCAAGUAUUAUUAAUUUAUAAUCCAUCUAAAUUAGAAAAAUUUGUAUUGAAAUUUCAGUUGUCCUUUAUAUUAGAUAGUGAAUCGAUUCUAGAAUCUGGGAAGUUAGAAUUACCAUGUGGUUGA